AUGAGUUCCCAGGAGUACACUGACUUAUGCCGCGACAUUCGUCGCCGCCUCUUGGACAAUCUGGAGAGGAAGAACUCGGACAAGUUUCGAUUCGCCACUCGGGAUACAGCAGCCAAUGUGCUGGAAUCUCACUACCUUCGACUGUUUUUCCAAAGCAUCAACGACGACCAGUUCUCAAUCUCAGAAGAUAAGUUCAUUCAGAAUAUUCAAAAAAGACGCCUACAUAGUUUUAUAGCUAUCAUUGCUUUUGCCGGUUGCAGUAUUGAUGCUGCCAGAGUUUUCACGGCCAAGCUUGCUGCUGCAGACAUUUGGUCUGUCAAGCAAUCGCAGCCGCAUAUCAAAGAUGCUACUUCUCUCCCAGCGGAUCGCGACAGUCUACGAGAAUUCUUCUUGGGGUGCGAUUCAAACGAUGCAGAUGUCUUCUUUGGUUCACAAGCAAUAUUUUGCACCGUUGUGCUCAGUCAAAGAGAAGAAGUCAUCGUUCACGACUCCGAGACCCAGCGACUUCCCUACUUGGAGGAAAAGCUGCUAGGUUCAGGAUCAUUCGGGAAGGUCUACAUGGUCAAGAUCGCCCGAGGUCAUAUUGAGGAUCACCAUACCGAUGAGAUUUCAAAUAAGCCACGAAGUGUGGCGCGUAAGGACUACAUCGUUCAGUCGCCCAGCGACAUGAGUUCUCAAGAUGAGGGCAACGUUAUGAAGAUGAUUCUCAGCGCCUCAAAGACCUGUGAGAAUAUUCUGGAGAAUCUUGGCUCUCUACGAGUCGAAUCGCCCCUAGGAGCCGAUCAUCCCCCGACCUACAGUCUGUUCAUGCCGCUGGCAAUAUGCGACCUUGGCGCCUACAUGAAAAAAGACAUAUCAACUUCCAUCAAGACACCAAAGGUCAGGGCAAGUCUGAUUCGCUCCGCCAUGGGGCUUGCUACGGGCCUCAACUUUCUCCACCAUGAAUUACAGACCUCGGAUCUCGAAGAUGUUGUGUGCUAUCACAUGGACUUAAAACCUAGUAAUAUUCUCGUGUUUCCAGCCGCAGAUCGAGAGCAUCGACAAAUCUGGAAGCUGAGCGAUUUUGGCAUGUCACGAGUCAAAGUCCGGCGGAGAAAUCAUGCUGAACCCGAAGAGCGAGACUUUAGCGUAUGGUUCAGACCAAGGCCGCAACUGCAUGAGGAUGCUCCAUCAGGAACGCGAAACAGGCGAGGACAAGGGACAUACUUACCUCGAGAAUCCUUCCUCACUGGAAAAGUUAUGAACACCAAGAGCGAUGUCUGGUCCCUUGGCUGCGUACUGAGCGUUCUUUUUGCUUAUCUUGAGGGCGGUGCAGACAGCGUCAAUCAGUACACAAUUGAACGGUUGAAAGAUCGCAAAGGUUCGGACGAUGGUUUCGAUGGUUUCUUCUGGGAAAAGUCGUUUGGGAAAUUUGCUCUCCACCAUGCAGUCCUAGACUGGCACCACCAGCUCGCCAACAACGCCGGCACCCGAAGCUCUAGAGAGAAAAAGUUGGUUAAUACACUCCUCAGCUUCCUUGAGCACAAAGCUCUCAAUCUAGACCCGGAUAAGAGGUGUACGGCAAAAGACGUCGAGAACGCUCUGAAAGAAGCGAUGGAUGCAUAUCGUCAUCUUGAAAGCUCUCCAGUUGCUGAAGAGCCCAAGAAACCCAGGAAACUUUCAAUAAUCCAGAGGUAA